UGAUCAUCCAAAUGAUUUCGGUCGUUCAAUCGAAUCACUUCAUAUAUUUUUUAUUUUGAUUGAAAAAAAAGGGUACAUUAAAUAAUCUAAAGAAGUUACAAGAAGUAUAGUCUUCCUGUUUUUGUAACACAGAAUCCAAAUUUAGCUUUCGAAUCCAAUAAUGGCUUCUCGGAGACGGAUGCUUCUUAAAGUCAUUAUCCUCGGUGAUAGCGGGGUUGGGAAGACAUCUCUCAUGAAUCAGUAUGUGAAUCGCAAGUUCAGUAAUCAGUACAAAGCAACAAUUGGGGCUGAUUUCUUGACUAAAGAAGUUCAGUUUGAGGAUAGGCUUUUUACAUUGCAGAUAUGGGACACAGCUGGGCAGGAAAGAUUUCAAAGCCUUGGAGUGGCAUUUUACCGUGGGGCAGACUGUUGUGUUCUUGUCUAUGAUGUGAAUGUAAUGAAAUCAUUUGAAAACCUUAACAACUGGCGAGAGGAGUUUCUGAUUCAGGCCAGCCCUUCUGAUCCUGAAAACUUCCCAUUUGUUGUACUGGGGAACAAGAUAGAUGUCGAUGGUGGCAAUAGCCGUGUGGUAUCUGAGAAGAAAGCAAAGGCAUGGUGUGCCUCCAAGGGAGAUAUUCCUUAUUUCGAAACUUCUGCAAAGGAGGGUUUCAAUGUAGAAGCUGCUUUCCAGUGUAUUGCCAAGAAUGCUCUCAAAAAUGAACCAGAAGAAGAAAUUUACCUUCCGGAGACCAUUGAUGUGGCGGGUGGACGGCAACAAAGAUCAGCAGGCUGUGAAUGUUAAAAUAUUUCUCUUCAAUGGGGUUCUUUUAUUGGAAGUUGACAGUGGCAGGCCAAACAAUGUACUCUAUUUGCCGUGCAGCAACAAGCGAAGGAAGGCUGUUCAGUCUUCAUGUAUAUUACCACUUACCAGUGCCUAAAAGAAAGAAUUCAACAAUAUAUCUGUUUUAUCUCAUUUUCUCCAUAUGUUUGUUUUCAACUUGGUUUCUUCUCUGGAUUCUGAUGGUUUAUGUAUUGAGUUAUUGAUUUGAUAUCUGAUCUUUGGUAAUCUA